AUGGGCCGCGCACAGUUUGAAUAUGAUGAAGUGGGUAAUACAUUUUACUAUGUGCUCGUAUCAUUUUAUGCCUUAAUUCUCAUUCCAGCAACAUUCUUCUUUUGGCCUUCCAGUAAAGCUGAUGAAACAGUGAGGAAGGAGCAGUGCUGCUGUGAGGGAUGCACAAACAAGCGCAUACAGGCAGAAGCGAAACGGCCAUGGCGUAGGACGAAAAAAAUUAUCAAAUUUUUAACUUUACUCGUAGCAUGGAUUGUAUUUUUUAUUAUUGGAGCUGCUGUAUCUAUAGUAAAAAAACGUUACCGUGAGCUGAGUAAAACAAUGCAUCCUGAUAAAGGAGGCGAUCCUGUACAAUUUGAUCGUAUCGCCAAGGCUUAUCAGGCACUCACCGAUGACGAGAGUCGAGAGAAUUGGGAAAAAUAUGGCAAUCCUGAUGGACCCACCGGUAAUAAUGCCUUCUUUACUGCUCUGUUUAACUUCCCCGUUCAGCUUCAACCCGCUUGUUUCGGGCCCCCAUUCUCUUCUAAUCUCCUUGCCAGGGAUAUUCUCAGUUUGUAUCUUUAA